AUGUUUGUGCGCGUUUCGGCGCUGGAGGUGCACGACCUUGCGCGGCACGGCCCCGCGGUGGUGCACCCCAUUUCUGUGGCAGAAAAGCCAGGGACUGGCGCCCUGCGCCUCUGCAUUGAUGCCAACUACACCAACAUCUUUGAGCCGUACCGUCCAGUCACAUUUGAGCUCCUGCAGAAUGUCUUUCCCCUCUUGCAGCGGGGCGACCUCGUCUCGGCAUCCGACCUCACCAAGGGCUACCUUCACAUGCGCUUGCACCCGUCCGCCCGCCGCUUCCUUGCCAUUCGGUUUGAUGGCGUCACCUACGUGUUCUCGGCGCUUCCCUUUGGGCUGCAAUCAGCAGUGUGGGCUUUUUCCUCUGUGAUGCGGGCCAUGUACCUACCCAUGCGCAUGGCGGGCUGGCGACUGAGUUUCAUGAUUGAUGAUGCCCUCACUCUCUGGCGCCGCAUGGUGGACGCCUGCCUCGGCGCCUCAGUGUUCGUUCGCAUUCUCUGCAGCCUGGGCUGCCACCUGAGCCUGCGCAAGUGCAGGCUGGGGCCCAACCCGGCGGUGCGCUACGAGGGCAUGAUGCUAGAUCUGGCCCAGGGCGCCGUGCUGAUUCCCGCCGACAAACUGCAGGGCUUUGACGACCUGGUGCACUCUCUCAUCACAUCGGAUCAUUUUUCCCGCCGCCAGCUGGCCAGGCUGGCAGGCCUUUUGGUCAGCUUCCAAUGUGCAGUUCCCCUGGGCCGCCUCUUCACUCACACCCUGUUUGGAGCCCUGACGGGUGUGUGCGACUGGGACUCUCUUUUCACCCCGUCCGCGGAGCUUCGCGAGUUCCUGGCUUGGCUGCUCUAG